AUGGACGUACGCUGCCAAUGCGGCGCGGUGCAGUUCAAAACGCCUUCCGAGAAGCCCCAAGCGCUCUACCAUUGCCACUGCACGCAAUGCCGCAAGCAAUCCGCGUCGGCGUUUGGCACUUCGGCCGUCUUCACGUCAGAAGGCCUCUUCCCCAUGGACGGGGAGCUGGAAGAGAAGCUGAAGAUCUACACUCGCACGGGGAAUGAGGACGGCGCGCAGGUGGAGUGCUACUUUUGCAAGGAAUGUGGGGUGAGGGUGCUGCAUCGCCGGCGCAAUGAGAAUGGGUAUGGGGGAGGGGUGGUGAUGAUCAAGGGCGGCUUGGUCGAGGGGCUGAAAUGGGAGGGCGGCAUACACAUCCACACAGAGAAUGCGGUCAUGCCGAUUCCAGAAGGGGCGGAGCAGUAUGAGGGCGAGCCGCCAUCAAUCUGA